GGUGAAAAUGAUGUUAUGAAGGUGUAGGUAGCAAGCCAGAAACUAGUAAUAUAGGGAUAAAUAAACUUGGCCCGCUCAGAGCAUGCUCGGACCAUGCUGAAGCAAACAAUAUGGUUGGGAUCCGGAUCCGGAUCCCAUAUUCACCACAACCACUACCACCAUUUCAGAAACCCGUGCAAGCUGCCACCCACACCAACCUCAUCCGCCGCCGUAGCCAUGUCAAUAUCACCCCAGAACAAACAAUCCAACAUUUCCAUAAAUACCCCCACACUCGCAGAGACUUACCCUACACCACUAUCGCCUCCACUCCCCGCAAUCUCAAAAGCAAUCGAACUAAACAGAGCCACAAUCGCUUCAUCAAACUCAGACCUCUUCUCCCUCUCAAAAACCCACACCAUCUACGAAGACGAAUGGCUCCUCGCCGUCAACAAACCCCAAGGAAUCUACUGCGACAGCGUCCUCUCCUCCCUUCAAUCACAAAAAACCGCUCCACCGGAGCUUCAUCUCGCCAACCGACUCGACCGCGACACUAGCGGCGUCAUGCUCAUAACAAAAUCACACAAAGUAGCUUCAAAUCUCGUCAAAGCUUUUACCGAUCACAAAGUUAAGAAAACCUACAUCGCUCUCUGCACCGGCGUUAAACCUAAUUGGGAAACGAUAACUGUUAGAUCCGGUCACGGUAGGUCAAAAUUCGGUGCGUGGAGAGUUUACGCCUUUUCCGAUGCCGGACGUGGAUUACCGGGUGGAUCGAGUGUACGUGAAAUGGAAACUUCUUUCGAGGUUUUGACUGUAAACGGAAAAGGGAGUUUUACGGAGGUUUGUGAGUCGGAGUUUGAAGGGAGGAGUGUGGUGGUUGUUGAAGAAAAGGCGGUGAAAAUUGACGGUGGGGAUGAUGGGAAUGAGAUAGUGGUGAGAGCUUAUCCGAGGAGUGGAAGAACGCAUCAGAUUCGAUUGCAUUGUCAAUAUUUAGGGAUUUCGAUCAUUGGGGAUGUGAAAUAUGAAGGUGUUUAUGAGUGGAAUGGUAGGGUUCAUGAUGGUCAUCACCUUCAUGCUGAAACGUUGUCGUUUGAUCAUCCUGUUACUGGGGUUCAUGUUAUGGUGCGUGCGCCACUCCCACAAUGGGUGAACCAGGCGUUGUCAAAUAGUAGUACUAACAUAGACACUGUACACGUGAAAAGUUAGUCGUAGUUUUUUCACAUACCCUAUAUAUGAUUUUAAGGUUCUUGUUGGCUGGUUUUAUGUCAAGAAUAGCUCUGCCUUUGAUUGCACAAAUGUUGUUGUUUAUGGUUUAUAUAUUGAAUGAAAUUCUUACACAAAGUGUGGUACCUGUAUUA